AUGGCGCGUCUGCUUACGGCUCUCGUUCUCCUGCUUGCUGUCACCGUCACUCUCGCAUCACUCGCUUCCACGGCUGCUGCUCGAUCUGCUCGGCUUCUUGGCGACGGGAUGACUACCGAUGGUGCGUCAGGAGCGGUAGACACCGCCGGCGGCGUCAUCACGGCGGAGAGCGCGCCGAGUGAUGUUCGGCCCAGGGACGACGCGCAGAGCCGCCGCAAACUCGGGUGGUUCAGUGAUAUUAUCAAGAAAUAUAAUGACUAUAAAAACAGCCGGCCCUGUAGUCCACAGAACGUCCCUGCCUCUUGCGUUAACCCGCCGGUCACGGACGCGGACAAGGCGGAGAUGCAUGGUGGUGAGAGGGAGAUGCAUGGUGGUGAGAGGGAGAUGCAUGGUGGUGAGAGGGAGAUGCAUGGUGGUGAGAGGGAGAUGCAUGGUGGUGAGAGGGAGAUGCAUGGUGGUGAGAGGGAGAUGCAUGGUGGUGAGAGGGAGAUGCAUGGUGGUGAGAAUUAG